AAACUCCCACAUAACUCAUCAAAUGUACGCAACCCCCCCAACCCCAAGACUCUACUCCUCCGAAACUAAAGAUGGACUCCUACAACAACACCGACAAAAACCUCACCAAGCCUCCCACCAGUUCUAAGAAACUACCCAUCUCAAUCUUCGUCAUCUCUCUCCCCCUCCUCUACGUCUCCCUCCUUAACGUACCCCUCUCCUCCCUCUUUAAAGACACGGCCUUCUUGUUCCUCGUCUCCAACUCCAUCAUCAUCGUUGUCGCCGCUGAAUCCGGCGUCUUCGCCUCCUCCUCAUCCUCGACCAGCAGUAACGAUGCUCUCUACGAUGAUUACGUCAGGCACGUACCGAAAGCGAGAAGUGCGUACUCGAACCCAAUACCUCAAACGUCGAACAUGGCCGGAGAGGAAGAAGAAAUACCGAAGCAUGUUGUUCGAGAAUCGAGCAAUGCUCGUGAGGAGGGAGAAAGCUCAAAAGAAAUAAGACUAGACUCGGAGCCGGAGGCAGAACCAGCUGAGCAAAAGCAGGAGCCGGUGUCUGAUGAGCCGGAGCCGGAACUUGAACUAGAGAUCACAGAGGUUGCGCCGGAGAGACCAAAGUACGAGAGGAGGUGGUCAGAACUGUCUCUCACGAAGACCGAGAUGUCGAAGGACUUGCUUCCUAGGGCGAACACGAUGACGGAGAAGAGGAGUUGUGCGAUGGAGGAGAAUGAUUACGUGAGGAUGAGCGAUGAGGAGCUUAACGAGAGAGUGGAGGACUUCAUUAGGAGGUUUAAUAGAGAGAUUAGGCUUCAGGAGAGGAUGAGUAGUGCUGUAUUUUAGGCAUUGAUUCAGUUUAGAAACUUAAUGCAUGUUGUAAUUAGCAGAGUUUA